GCUGGCGGCGGGGGAGGAGGAGGAGGAGGAGGAGGAUCACUUGCUCUCCCUCGCCGCCACGGGGGUGGUGCUGAGCUGCCUGGCCGCCGUGACAUGGCUGGUGCUGAAGCUGAGGCAGGGCGUCCUCAUGCUCGCCGUGACUAGCGCGGCCAAGACCACGUCCCUCGUCGCCUUGGAGAGGGUCCCGGCGUCCUGGCGGCCCUACCUGGCCUACCUGCUGGGGCUGCUGGGCAUCCUUCUGGCCGGCUACGCCGACCGGCUCUGGCCCCCGCGGCGGGCCGCCCCGCUGGCCGAGCCUCCCGCCGCCCCCCCGGCCGCGGACGAAGCCCCGGUGCUCAGGCGGCGGCGGCGGUCCAGCUCCAUGAUCUCCCCCGAGAUGUCGGGCGGCGGCGGCAGCGGCAACAAGACCCACCGGAGGACCUCGCUGCCCUGCAUCCCCCGGGAGCAGCUCAUGGGGCAUUCUGAAUGGGAUCACAAACGAGGACCCAGAGGCUCACAGUCUUCUGGCACCAGCAUCACGGUGGACAUCGCUGUCAUGGGGGAAGCCCACGGGCUCAUCACAGACCUCCUGGCCGACCCUUCGCUGCCCCCCAACGUCUGCACGUCCCUGAGGACCGUGAGCAACCUGCUCAACACACAGCUGACCUUCCAGGCCAUCCACAAGCCCAGGGUGAACCCCUUGGUGUCCUUCAGUGAGAACUACACCUGCUCCGACUCGGAGGAGUGUCCGGAGAAGGGAGAGAAACUAGCAAUUCCCAAGCGCUUACGGAGAAGUUUGCCUCCAGGACUGCUGAGACGAGUGUCCUCAACCUGGACCACAACAACAUCAGCCACAGGACUGCCCACUCUGGAGCCAGCUCCAGUGAGAAGGGACCGCAGUGCCAGCAUCAAACCUCACGAAUCUUCUUCAUCCAGCUCUGACUCCUGGAACAGCUCCAUUCUGAUGACCAUCACCAAGAGCAGGUCCUUCUCCACCUCCUACGCCGUGUCCUCUGCCAACCACCUGAAUGCCAAAAGGCAGAGCCGCCAAGGUAUCCCACCAAAUAUUUCACCUCUCACCUCCCCGUGCCAUUCACCGAUUCAGGGGACGCCUGCCACGAGUCCUACUGGAAAAACAUCUUCUGUGUCAUUUCCAGAGCCUACAGACACUGACACCAAGCAGGGCCUAAAGCCACACAAAGUCUUAACUUCUACUCAGAGUGCACCUAGCCUGUCAGACCCUAUUAUCAGCCCCUCCAUCAUCUGCAGCAGCUGUGGCAGACCCUACAACCAAAUAGAAGCUGGUGAUGGGACACUAAAUAGAAAUGAUGCUACUACACACACCCUGAACAGAACAGAUGAUCCUGCUCAAGCCACUUCUGACUACGAGACCAACAACAGCGACAGCAGCGACAUCGUGCAGAACGAUGACGACACGGAUUGCUCCAAGGAGCAGCCACGGAAGGGAUCUGGCUGUAGGUCCUACACACCUGAGACCAUCAUCCUGCAUCCCUUGACUCCACCUGAGGACAAGCCUGUACUGGCUCCUGAGCCCCUGGUUAUGGACAACUUGGAUCCCCUGAUGGAGCAGCUAAAUAGUUGGAACUUCCCAAUCUUUGAUUUGGUGGAAAAAAUUGGGAAGAAAUGUGGUCGGAUUCUCAGUCAGGUAUCAUACAGGCUUUUUGACGACAUGGGGUUGUUUGAAACCUUUAAAAUACCAGUGAGGGAAUUUAUGAACUACUUCCAUGCCUUGGAGUGUGGAUACCGAGAGAUACCUUAUCACAACCGAAUCCACGCCACGGAUGUUCUGCACGCCGUGUGGUACCUCACCACCCAGCCCAUCCCGGGACUGCCCACUGUCAUCAGUGACCACGGCUCAGCCAGCGACUCAGAUUCCGACAGUGGAAUCACUCACGGCCACAUGGGAUAUGUGUUUUCAAAGACAUACACACCUACAGAUGACAGCUACGGCUGCCUGGCUGGCAACAUCCCUGCCCUGGAGCUGAUGGCUCUUUAUGUGGCUGCAGCCAUGCAUGACUACGAUCACCCAGGAAGGACCAAUGCCUUCUUGGUAGCAACGAGUGCUCCUCAGGCGGUGCUGUACAACGACCGCUCCGUGCUGGAGAACCACCACGCUGCUGCUGCCUGGAACCUCUUCAUGUCCAGGCCAGAGUACAACUUCCUGGUCAACCUGGACCACGUGGAGUUCAAGCAUUUCCGCUUCCUCGUCAUCGAGGCCAUUCUGGCUACUGACCUGAAGAAGCACUUUGAUUUCGUUGCCAAGUUCAACGCCAAGGUGAACGAUGACGUUGGCAUUGACUGGACCAACGAGAACGACCGCCUGCUGGUUUGUCAGAUGUGCAUCAAGCUGGCUGACAUCAAUGGGCCUGCCAAAUGCAAGGACUUGCACCUGCAGUGGACAGAGGGCAUCGUCAACGAGUUUUAUGAGCAGGGCGAUGAAGAGGCCAGCCUGGGCCUGCCCAUCAGCCCGUUCAUGGACCGCUCCGCGCCCCAGCUGGCACACCUCCAGGAGUCCUUCAUCACCCACAUCGUGGGACCACUCUGCAACUCCUACGACUCAGCAGGGCUGAUGCCAGGAAAGUGGGUAGAAGAGAGUGAUGAGUCAGGAGACACUGAUGAGCAAGAGGAGGAGGAAACAGCAGAAAUGGAAACUUGUGAAAACGCCGAAUCCAGUAAGUUGUUGACGCUUCCCUUUUCCAACAAAACAAGUUCCAUGUGGAAAGAAGAAGUUCAAGAGGAGGAAAAUCUACUGCCAGAUCACUCAGCACCUGCUUCAGAACCACAAGAUGUGGCAGAAGGUGAUUGAGGAUGAGGAGAGGUUAGCUGGGUCAGAGAAGCAAGGCACGGAGCAAUCCCCACUGCACCAAUCUUCAGAACAAAUCCAGGCCAUCAGGGAAGAGGAGGAGGAGAAAGGGAAGGCCAAGAAGGAUGAAGAG